AUGGAGUCGGAACAAAUCGUGAUCAAUUAUCUCUUUCGGCUUUUGAGAAGCAUUGUCCCAGAUGAAUUCGAUGCUAACUUCAUUCACAAGCUAACAAACGAUGUAUGUAGGCUGCUGAUAAGGUCGUAUACGUCUUCCAUGAGCACUUCUCAGUCUCUGGCUUCCCUGAGUGAAUACCGUUCUAUUUUUGCCCAUAUGCCUGCGUAUACAUACGUCUGGGAUAAGCUUGAGCAAACAACUGAAGAUCUUCUGUCUCUAAACAAUAUAGAUGAAGCGGCAAGAUAUUUGAUCAAAUUGGACUCGUACGAGACAAAUAAACAAAGACACAUACCAUCCCAUAUGGCGCAAUACGACUCUUCUGGAGUCGCAAAUAAUCUGGGAGCUAGCACAAGCAUGGCUAAUCAUCGUCAUCUCCUUUCAUCUCCUGGCCUACCUUCCAGCACCGCGUUUCUGCCCUCCUCAACCUUUGGACUUCAUUCAAGCCGACCGCCAAGCCAAAGCUUCUCGGUAGGAGAGCCCCUUAGCAAACACCUGUUGCCCUUUUAUUACCAUGAUACAGAUUAUAGCCUUAUUCCAGAGCAGGAAAUGAUCAAAAACCUGGCAUUCACAUUAAUCGGUUCGACGUCGGAAAUAUUUCCAUUCGAUGAUAAGAUUAAAGUUCCAACUAAUAUAAGCUAUGGCACGCUCGGUUUGCUCUACCAGCUUUUCGAACCUGCCUUGAUAUACAAACAUUUGAAGACGAUGAGCCCGAAAGUUUUGGCCAACUCGCAAGUCAAAGUCGCCUUUUCAAGCUUCUUACAAAAAGAAUUAUUCCAGUAUAUCACUCUUGUGAAUCAGAUAUUCAAUCCAGCAAACAUCGAAUCUUUGACAUUACGAUAUGUGCGCUUACAACUGAAUGACUCAAUUGUCAAGUUGCGGUUGCUUUACAACCUUACCACACAAAUUCAGACCCUUCCCAUAAACGAAUUCUUGUCAAAUCUGAGCGAGCUUACAAGAAUCGGAGACCCGUUGUUGAAAGGGUUAGCCACCACGAUUUUUCGUACAUGUUCUUUACCCUAUUUUGAGAUGAUUAAGGACUGGAUGUUCGAAGGAUCGUUGGUUCGAGAAGAUACUAUCAAAGAAAACUUCUUCAUCGCAUACACAGAACUCGGUCAAGAAUUACAACCCGAAAAAGUUCCAACUUUCAUUAGGACUUCAGAACUGAUCUACCAGAUAGGAAAAUCGCUUCUCUAUCUGAAAAACCAAUGCAAUGAAAUGAAGUGGUGCAUCGGAUUUGGUUUGAAAUAUCGACAAUUGUUUGUGAACAACGGUGACUUUUUAGACAUGGCGGCCAACAAAUUGGACAGAAUCGUGCAACAGCAGUACGACGAGAUAAUCAAUUAUAUGUGCUAUGUUCUUUACGAAAAAUAUGGUCUAGUCAAAGAAAUUAGCUAUCUGCAUCAACUCUUGUUGAUGAAUAAAGGUGACUUCGUUAAUUCUCUUAUUGUCAAGGGCCUUCCUGUUUUGAAUGAGUCCUCCUCAACGUUGUCGUCUCACCAACUAAUGAAAAUUUUACAAGAAUCUAUUGAAAAUUCAAGUAUCAGACACCUUCCCGUUGAAGUUCUGAAUCGACUGGAUGCUAGAAUCCUUGAGAUGGGGCACGGAAAUAUUGGUUGGGAUGUCUUUACUUUAGAUUUCCAGGUCAAGUAUCCCCUUGACCUUAUUUUGAAUGGGCCCACGCAUAAUUCUAGAGAAUAUCUGCGGAUGUUCAAUUUCCUGUUGCGUUUACAAAAGGUGAAUUAUCUUUUGAACGUGGAGUGGUUGGAGUCCAACAGCAUUAGGCGGAGCUCUCUGAAACAUAUUGAAAAAAGAAGCAAGGUCGUCCGUCAACAACUGAAACUAGACCCUAAUUACGCCAUCUCGGUUCUUGAUUCCCGUUGUCUUUGGCUAUCCAAGACCUUCAAACGACUUAAUAUUCUGAGAAAUGAGUUCAUUAAGUUUGUUAAUAUCAUCACCAGUUUCUUUGAUCUGGAGAUUAUCGAAAAAAAGUAUCAAAAGUUGCUAGGGGCCCUUGCCAAAACAGAUGAACAUCAUAUAAAGAUCAAGCGAAAUACUAAAGGCAUAAAAGUGCUGGAAAGUGGUAGAAUCAAAAUUGACAAGACUUACCUUUCUCAGCCCGAUAAAGCUUAUCUUGAACUGAAAUAUAAUGCUUAUAACUUGGACGAACUGACAAAGUUGCAUCGCGACUACAUCACCUCAAUCACGAGAUCCAGGCUGUUUGAUAUGCAUAGUAAGUCUUCCAAGGGCAGAAACUCGGGUCUUUAUUACAUUGAGCAGAUUGAUUCUUUCAUCAUGACCAUCAACCAGUUCAUCAGCCUCAACGAAGAGUUUAACAGCUUGUUGGUGGAUAUGUUAUCUGUUACGGAAAUGCUACGAGACGAUGGAUAUUUGGACUUUGAGAAUAAGGAUCGCUAUGACGAUUAUCUCAAUUCGAUCGAUGUUAAGCUGAACAAGCUUAUGGAAAAGCUGACCGUUGACAUUAUAGAGUCUUUCGAAGAUAACCUCGAAAAGUUCACCGAAGACUUGACCGUGGAUCAGGACCAGACACUUAGGUGCCUUGGUAUCAUGCUAAGCAACUAG